UUUAUCCUACAUUAUUUCAGGACAAACAGGUGCAGGAAAUAACUGGGCCAAAGGACACUAUACAGAAGGAGCAGAGCUGGUAGAUUCAGUGCUUGAUGUUGUAAGAAAAGAAUGCGAACACUGUGAUUGCUUGCAAGGAUUUCAGCUCACUCAUUCCCUUGGAGGAGGAACAGGUUCUGGCAUGGGAACGCUACUCAUCAGCAAAAUCCGAGAGGAAUAUCCCGAUAGGAUAAUGAAUACAUUUAGUGUCAUGCCCUCUCCAAAAGUCUCUGACACAGUGGUGGAGCCUUAUAAUGCUACACUCUCAGUCCACCAGCUGGUUGAAAACACAGAUGAAACCUACUGCAUUGAUAAUGAAGCUUUGUAUGACAUUUGUUUCCGCACCCUGAAGCUCACCACCCCGACGUAUGGAGAUUUAAACCAUUUGGUGUCUGCUACAAUGAGUGGAGUAACUACAUCGUUGCGUUUUCCAGGCCAGCUGAAUGCUGACCUUCGAAAACUGGCAGUAAAUAUGGUGCCAUUCCCACGCCUUCACUUUUUCAUGCCAGGGUUUGCUCCUUUGACAGCCCGAGGCAGUCAGCAAUACCGAGCACUCACUGUUCCAGAGCUCACUCAACAGAUGUUCGAUGCCAAAAACAUGAUGGCAGCAUGUGACCCAAGACAUGGACGAUAUUUAACAGUGGCAACAGUAUUCCGAGGUCCCAUGUCCAUGAAAGAGGUUGAUGAGCAGAUGCUGGCCAUCCAAAACAAGAACAGCAGCUACUUUGUGGAAUGGAUCCCAAAUAAUGUCAAAGUGGCAGUUUGUGACAUCCCACCCCGUGGCCUCAAGAUGGCCUCCACCUUCAUUGGCAACAGUACAGCUAUUCAAGAGCUCUUCAAAAGGAUCUCUGAGCAGUUCUCUGCCAUGUUCAGGAGAAAGGCUUUCCUCCAUUGGUUUACAGGAGAAGGGAUGGAUGAGAUGGAAUUUACAGAAGCAGAAAGCAACAUGAAUGACCUGGUUUCGGAGUACCAGCAGUACCAAGAAGCUACGGCAAAUGAUGGAGAGGAAACAUUUGAAGAUGAUGAGGAAGAGAUCAAUGAAUAAAGAAAUUCUGUCUUACACACACUAAUCGACAUGAACAUUCUCAAAUAUGGAUUUUUAAAAUUAGUCUUGUAUAUCCAUAUUUAAUCUCCAUCCUCCUUUCUUCAAAAAAUAGAGAGGAAAAAAAAGUAGCUUGAUUCUCAGAGAUGAUGAGUUUCCCUCAGCUUCCGUUAUUUCCGUGGGAACUGAGGGAGAUCAGCAACUCUGAAAAUCAUGCCACUUUUAUAUAGGAGGCUAAUUUUAGGCAUCCAAUUUUAGAAUUUUGGCCUAAAAGUUUAAAUAUAGAGAUCACUAGAUUUGUUUAAAUAAAUCUAUGAAAGGUUGUACAAGAGGUAGAAUGGGGAUGGAAAGUCAUUUGAAAAUAGGGCUGUCCUGUUUUCAUCAAACUGUGAACAGCAAUAACAGCAAAAAUCUUGUGGGUCUUUGAAGUAUUAUUCUGUACUGAAUGUAUAGUACCUAUGUGCCAGGAGCAGAAUCUAUUCAUAAUAAAUCAAAAUUUAAUCAUA